UAAUUUCUUUAAAUUAUGUUAAAAAUACCCUUAUAAAACUGACCAGUGCUACACGCAAUUGAUUACAAGCAAUGAGAAUAUGUAUUGCUUCAGAUUUUUUCUUCCCAAACAUGGGCGGAGUAGAGGAGCACAUUUUCAACCUAUCGCAGUGUUUGCUGUCGCGAGGCCACAAGGUGGUCAUAGUAACGCACUCGUACGAGGACCGCAAGGGUAUCCGGUAUAUGACCAACGGUCUUAAGGUGUACUACGUUCCGAUUAAGGUGUUCUACAAUCAAGUCAUACUGCCAACGAUGAUAUGCAAUCUGCCGCUGCUGCGUUAUAUUCUGCUACGGGAACGUAUCGAAAUCGUUCACGGCCAUUCUGCGUUCAGCACGUUGGCGCAUGAGAUGAUGAAUGUUGGCAAGCUGCUCGGAUUGAGGUCUGUCUUUACCGAUCACAGCUUGUUUGGUUUCGCGGAUUUAUCGGCCGUCGUAACUAACAAAUUCCUGGAGAUUUCACUGGCUAAUUGUAAUCACUGCAUUUGUGUUUCUCAUACUGGCAAAGAAAACACCGUUCUGCGAGCGAAGGUUCAUCAGGAUAAAGUUUCGGUGAUACCCAACGCAGUGGACACGGCACAUUUUACACCCAAUCCUUGCAAUCGACCGAUGGACCCUGAUCGGAUCAAUGUGGUUGUUGUUUCGAGGUUGGUUUACCGGAAGGGCGUUGACCUGUUGGCCGGUAUUCUGCCGAAGCUCAAGUAUCUAAGCAAUGUUCAUUUCAUCAUCGGUGGAGACGGACCAAAGCGGGCGCUGCUAGAGGAGAUACGGGAGCGAAACAACAUGCAGGAUCGAGUGACGAUGCUCGGGGGCUUAGAGCACUCGCAAGUGAGAGACGUUCUAACGCAAGGUCACAUUUUUCUAAAUACCUCUCUUACGGAAGCGUAUUGCAUGGCCAUCGUGGAGGCCGCUGCCUGUGGGUUGCAAGUCGUUUCAACCCGGGUCGGUGGCAUUCCCGAGGUACUACCGGAAAGUUUAAUUAUACUGACGGAACCAACGGUGGAAUCCGUUUAUCGGGGGCUGAUGUUGGCGAUUCGAAAGGAAGCGGAUAAAAGACAGAUCGGUUGCAAGUACAUGAACGGAGAUCUGGAUGGAACGAGCAUAGCGCAGAACUCAGGGGCCGGUAGCGUUAUGUGUCCCUUCGAGAGGAAUAACAUUGUGGCUCAUUUGUACAAUUGGGACAAUGUAACGUCUCGGACGGAGAAGGUCUACCGGAAGGUGCUGCAGGAGAAACCGGCUACGCUAGGAGAAAUGAUGGUCAACUGUCUGCGCAGUGGCGUGUGGCCCUUUCUGCUAGUCAUUUCGCUGUGUCAUCUGAUACUGCGUUUCCUGGAUUGGCUAGUGCCGCGCAAACACAUUGACCUGUGCCCGCUGGACAACCCGUUCUGGCAGGGUACCGGCGGCGGAUCGAGCCGUAGCCGCCAAUCGUCGACGAGCGACGUGAAGGUGCACGUACAUCCCAUCCCCAGCGGUGCCAGUACCGGUGAGUCAUCUUUCCGUAGAAAGCGCCAUAAAUUUGCAUCCUCCUCUUGACGACCUCUGACCGGCACGAUGCCGGAAGAGGUCUUUUAAUCCGAUAGCCAAAUAUUCCAACUACUGUAUUAUAAAAGACGCAUUUCUACCUGUACAAGCUAGCCAAAAAAGGAAGCUGGGGCUCAAAACCAAAACGUGUAAAUCAAACGGUUCAUUCUAGUAUUACAAUAUUUUUUAUAUUAUUUGUAUAUAGAUAGCCUUAAAAUAUUUCCAAAAUG